AUGGACAACUCUGCGGCGCCACUGCGUGUCAAUCCAAUGAACACAAAGCUACCCCCGAGUUCCGCCCUCGUCGACCUCAAGGACCCUAUCCAAGUCCAUCUUUUGACCGAGACGGCAUUGACCGACAGUAAACAGUUCAGGAUAUUGUCGCAAGAAGAGGUGGAUAGUCUGAAGAAACAGGUGCAGUCCCUGACAUUGCGCACGGAGCAAACACGCACAAACCUCGCCAUCCAGACGAAAUACCGAGAUGCCGCGAUUUCCAUGGCCAGGCUCUAUUCGCAGCCCGACGCUGGCAAGAGGAGGAGUUUGAUCGGCAGCAACCGCAAUAGUAUGGGCGAAUCCAUGCGAGAGGCCGAGGCUGAACGGCAGGCUAGUGAGAAGCGAUGCGAAGAGUUGUCAAACGAACUGCGGAACCUCGAGCAACGUCUGAUUGAGUCGCAACGAAGUCUAUUGGAGCAUACCGCUGGUAUCCUUCAGUUGACACACAAGGCUUCCAAGAAACCCGUAAAUCAGCUGCCGGCGCAAAUCAUGAACGGAAUCCCGGGAAGCCCUGAGAGCCUGUAUACGUACACCAACGGUCGCAACAGCAUGGAGGUCCCCGGGGAUGACUCCUUCUUCGAUGAAAAUGGCCUGUUUCAAGACUUGGGCCUCGACGGUUCUCCCUCUCGCGGAAAACCCAAGGUCACGCCACUGAAUAUCCCAUCCAAGGCGCCUGGAGUUGAAGACAAGCAGCUGCGAGAGGAGGCGGACAGACUCAAGGAGGAAAAUGCCCAACUCCGCGCGCAAGCCGACGCGGUCAGCAGGCUGCAAGACGAGAACGCACAACUUCGGGCACAGGCUGAUGCCUUGAACGCUGAAAUCGACUCUUUGCAAAAGGAGAAUACACAGCGACUACAAUCUGUCACGGAUACGGAGCAAAAACUUAUAACUUUCAACAACUCUUUGCGAGAGGUAAUUGUAAACUUUAAUCCUGCCAAGAACAGCGGCUUCCGCGAGCCGCCUGCGCCAGCUCAGCCUGGGGUCGCACUCGGAAGCCAGUUCGAAUAUCUAGAGCAGGGUCUCAUGGUGGUCAGGGAGGAACAGCAACUGCAAGGACAGUCGUCAGACGGUCUCAAGGAUGCGGAGUCUGCAGCCGCGGCGUCUUCCAUUGCUCUUACUCGAGCCGAGGGACGCAUCGAAGAUCUAAACCAGAAGUUGCGUGACGUUCUAGUCGUGGUUGACCCUGAGUUCCCUGAGGUCCCCAACGCAGGCCUAGAUGCGCAGUUCGACUACCUGCGAGAUGCGUUGAUCCUUGUUGAGGAAGAGAUGAAGAAGACCGCCAGCAAAACAGCGGUCAAGAAACAGGACGACGAACAGACAGAGGCAGUCCUCAUGGGCUUGUGGGAUAUUAUCCAGUCCGGCUUCGCCAGCAUCCAGAAGCAAAAGGCAGACCGCCGCCGCACGCGACUGGAGCAAGGAAUGGGAGAGGACGCCGACAUGUCAGAGGACGAGAAUAUCGAUACAAACGAGCCUUAUUCUUUGUCGGCCUUCUCGACCAAGGUGCAAUGGUUGUACAGCCAAGCCACCAGCCUGAAGGAACAAAAGUCAGUCCUCAAGCGCCAGAUCAAGCAGCAACGAGAGUUGGGCAACAAGACAGAAUCUCAGAAGGACACUGAGUUGAAGGCCAAACAGGAUCAGCUCGACCAGCUCCGCGCAGCCCAGGCGCGGGCGGAUGAAGAGAGAACCCUCGAGCUGACCAUUAAGCAAGACCAGCUCGACCAGCUUCGGUCACUGUUGGAGCAAUCCGAGGCGGAAGUUACAGAGGCUCAGGCGAAGCUUGCCAAGGCAGAGAAGGAGGCUGAGACUGCGAAUGUCACACGCAUGGCCAACGAAUCUAGCUCCGCGAGGACCCAGAACGAAAUCAAGGAGCGCGAUGCCAAAAUUGCUGCGCUCGAGGCAAGCGUCAGAGAGGCGGAGACAAAGCUGUCGGGCAUCAACAAUAACGUCCAGGAGACUGACGGCAAGCUUUCAAAGGCAAACGAGGAAGUCUCUCUGCUCAAGACCAAGUUGGCGGCGGCAGAGAAGGCAGCUGUGGAGAAGCAGCAAGAAGCCGAGGCCAAGAGCAAGGAAGUCAAGGAGAAGGAGGAGGAGCUCGACCGGUUCAACAUGAUGAUUGUCGAGCUGAAGACUGAGUUGACCAUUGCGCAAGCUGAGCUUGACGGCGCGUACGGCUCUCGUAAGGAGAGAGCGACGCAGGCCGCGGCUAUUAAGAGCACCGCCGAGGUCGAGCAGCUCAAGUCAGAGGUCGACAAACUUAAGGAGGAACUGAGCUCCACUCUUAAGGAACUCGAGAACAUCACGGCUGAGACGAUCAAUGCCGAGAAGGAGAAGUUCGACGUUGAAACCAAACUUGACGAUGCGCUGGCCACAAAGUCCAGCCUCGAGGGCGAGGUGGCUUCUCUCAAGGAUCAACUCGACGCCGAGGUUCUCAACUCGAGGACCAAGAUGUCGAAGCUGCAGGAAGAGCUCGAUGCGGAGCGGCUCAAGGUGGUGCCAAGCCCCGGUGCUCGUGGUGCUGGAGCCACUAUGCUCAGCGAACAGUUCCGAGCUACAAUGAGAGAGGAGAGAAAGAAGUUCCAGGAGGACCUCAGGGAGGAGCAAGGCAAGAGGAGACGACUCGAGGAAGAGCUGUCGAAGCUCAAAAAGUCCCAGGGCCCCGGGCGGUCACCCCUGAGCCCGAGAUAA